UACUCCUGUAGGCUUCCUUCCCAAGAAACGGAGCGCAUCAACCCCGCCCCCCUUCGCUCUGUAUAAAUACAAAACCCCUUCCCCCUCUUUUUUCCGCUCGAAUCACGCAGGUCAACCUAAAGUUACUCCCAAUUCUUUUCGCGAUCUCUAAGUCUCCAUGGCCGCAAUGAUCGCCAUAAGGAGGGCUCCCGUCUCCAAGCUCCUGGAGAAGCUCCUCGUUUCCCCCGCUCGCCCCUCUGCUGCCGCCGGCUCCCGCCUUUUCAACACCAACACCAGGCUCCUCGACCUCGAUGAUAACCGCAGCCUCGACGUCGACCGCCGCCGUGACGACCUCUCGGGCGCCCCUCGCCGCCGCGGCGACUCUUCCUUCUUCCCCAGCAUCUUCCCAGGUAAUGUGCGGGAUCCGUUCACUCCGGCGAGGAGUUUGAGCCAGGUGUUGAACUUGAUGGACCAGAUGCUGGACAACCCGUUCGCGGCGGCGACCCAGGGGGCGAUCGGGGGAUUCCGGCGAGGGUGGGAGGCGAGGGAGGACGGGGACGCGCUGCACCUGAGGAUCGACAUGCCGGGAUUGGGAAAGGAGCACGUGAAGGUGUGGGCAGAGCAGAACACGUUGAUCAUAAAGGGAGAAGGGGAGAAGGAGACGGAGGAGGAGGAGAGCGGUCGAAGGUACAGCAGCCGGAUCGACCUGCCGCCGGAGGCGUACCAGAUCGACCAGAUCCGGGCGGAAAUGAAGAACGGAGUUCUUAAAGUGGUGGUUCCCAAGGUCAAGGCGGAGGAGCGUAAAGACGUUUUCCAAAUCAACAUCGAGUGAGAGAUACUAAAAGAGUUCUCAUUCUUCUUUCUCUCCCUCUGUUGUUUCGGUAGAUGCAGGGUGUAUCUUCUUUUUGUUCUCUUUCCUCAAUGCUUUGUAUCUUCUAACAGUGUAGAACUUUAAUCCAUAUGCAUGAUAAAGUUAGUUUGUUGCAGUUAUUUGUUCUUUUA